ACAUGAUAAUGAUAUAAUGUUAUUACUGGCUGUUUCAGUUGUCACCGGACGGCACUGCUGUCAGUUUGUUUACUCAAGGCAUAGGGCUGCCUUGUUCUCAAAACAACACACCAAGAAAGUCCUCAGGAUUAUAUCGAGGUAUCAGCGGAGUGUCUUUUAAACAAAAGUUCUCCAACAAGCUCAUCUAACUAAAAGACUUCUGUCCUCGUCUCAUCUGAAAAUGGCCGACGGAAAACCCACAAGAGAAGAUGCCUUGGCCGCUGUUGGCGCUUACAUACAGAAAGGUCGGGGAGCCGAGUCAACGGCUAAGCUAUAUGACGACACAGCGGACAAGUAUGACCAGUACAUGGAGGCGCUCAACUUCGGUGGCCCAACCCAGCUGGCCAAGUCUGUGAGUGCGUUGAUAGGAGACAGGUUUGACAUCAAGGUCAUCGACAUUGGCGCCGGCUCUGGGCUGUCUGGACUUACAGUCUAUCAAGCCGGGUACAAGAACAUUGAUGCUGUGGAUGCCUCCCAAGGACUUCUAGACUCUGCGAAAGAAAAGGGAGUUUACGGGAAGCUGAUCUGUCAACUCGUGGGAGAUACCCCUCUACCCCUGGAAGACAGGGGCUACAUCGUGAACGUGUUCCGUGAGGAAGCGGUCCGUGUGGCGUGGUACGAGGAGGGUUUGGAGCCCUUCAUGAAACAACUGGAGGCUGAGGGCGUGUGGAAAGAGGAGAGUCGUGAAUAUUUCCCCACCUUCAUCGGAGACGUUCCAGGCAUCGUACUCAUACAUAAAGUCCUGUAACUCUAACAAAGGUUUCGACCACACCGUCCCAUUAUUAUUCACACUAUCAAACAUUUAUCAUUUAGUUCCUCUCUUCUUAUCAAAACGGUGUCAUGCAAUCUUUAUUUUUUUUAAAUAAUCUUCGAACACAAGUUGACUUCUCUAACAGAUAAAAGCUGUUUAUCAUUUCAAGAGGUUGAUUUUUAUACGCGAUACAAGAAACAUUCACUUCAAAUUUACACUUGUGUUCAACGGUAUUUUGGUAUAAAUCACCACCACCACCCCCUUUCCCCCUUGGAGGAGGGGGGGGGGGAUUAAGCUGAUCUAACAAUAGUUUUUUCAAAUCUAAUCAACGGCUGUCACUUCCAGACAAGCUGCUUCUUUGUGUUUCAAUAUUUCAUGCUCACACAAUUUUCCUUGGAACAUGUAUUUGGCAGGCUGUGGGGGGAGGUGGGGGGAUCAUUGUAAAUGUUUAUCGGUGAAAGGCUCUUUACUCAUGAUACUUUUGUUUAGUAUAAUAUUAAGUACUGCGUCAAGACAAAACCUUUGGCCAACAAUUUUGCUGGGGAUUUGUUCACAAUGAAAAUAAGUGAAGUACAUCUACAAUGUGCGACUAAUUACCGUACUGUAUUGUGUUGUUUCGUAGACUUCUCUUAUUUCCAUUGUCCACUGCUCUCCCACAAAGCUAUUGAUCUACGACUUUGUUGUAGUGUGGUACUACUUCUAGGCUUGUCAUAUUCCAAUGUACAAUGUAUAUUUAAUUUUGUAGCACCACUCGUGGUUUGUUGUAGCAAUAUGUGUAGUUUAAACACCAUCAAUAUCAAGGCACUUACAGCUGUCUUGUUUUUGUUGUUGAACAUAAUUUGUGAUUUCAAAUUUCAACGCAGUUUGCUCAAUUGUUACUUAUUGUUGAGACUGAAUUGUGAUGAAUAAAUUGUCAUAAAGGGGGAAAAUCUCCUCCAAAUA